GCCGCUCCGUCUCCGUCCAGGUGGUGCGAGGAGCACAAGCUGAUCCCGCGGAACACAAGAACGAGGAGAAGGAGCAGAAGAAGACCGGAGGAAGGCGGAGGAGGAAAUCCCGCGAGAAAGGAAGAGACAGACAGACACAGAUACACGCAGAGAGCAUAGAGAACAUCAAGUGAGAAACCAGCCGCAUGUGAGGUGCGCGAGACCCCCGCGGUGAGGGGACUAAUCGUUAAUUUGGAGGAGAGCAACGGUUAUUUUUGUUUUUUCCACUUUGACGGAGAAAGAGGCUCUCCGAGAAAAGAUGAAUCCUAUGACGCAGCUGUACUACAAGAAGGCGACGUACUCGCCGUACCGCGACCGCAUCCCGCUUCAGAUCGUGCGAGCUGAGGUGGAGCUGUCUGCUGAGGAGAGGGCCUACCUCACCGCUGUGGAGAAAGGUGACUAUGCGGGUGUCAAACAUGCCCUUCGCGAGGCGGAGGUCUACUACAACAUGGACGUGAACUGCCUGGACCCGCUGGGCCGCAGCGCGCUCCUCAUCGCCAUUGAGAACGAGAACCUGGAGAUCAUGGAGCUCCUGCUUGACCACGGCAUCCACACCGGCGACGCCCUGCUCUACGCCAUCAGGAAGGAGGUGGUGGGCGCCGUGGAGCUGCUGCUGUCGCACAGGAGACCCAGCGGCGAGAAACAGGUACCGUCGCUGAUGAUGGACAGUCAGUUUUCAGAGUUCACCCCAGACAUAACUCCCAUCAUGCUCGCUGCUCACACCAACAACUAUGAGAUCAUCAAGCUCCUCGUCCAGCGGAAGGUCACCAUUCCCAGACCACACCAGAUACGAUGUGACUGUGUUGAGUGUGUAUCCAGUUCAGAGGUAGACAGUCUUCGGCAUUCACGGUCUCGACUCAACAUCUACAAGGCUCUGGCCUCGCCCUCCCUCAUUGCGCUGUCCAGUGAAGAUCCCAUCCUCACUGCCUUCAGACUGGGCUGGGAACUCAAAGAGCUCAGCAAGGUGGAGAAUGAGUUUCGUCAGGAGUACGAGGAGCUAUCGCAGCAGUGCAAACGGUUCGCCAAAGACCUUCUGGACCAGGCCAGGAGUUCAAGAGAGCUGGAAACCAUCCUGAACCACAGAGACAACGACCAGAGCGAGGAACUGGACCCCAGACAGUGCCAUGACCUGGCCAAGCUCAAACUGGCCAUCAAAUACCACCAAAAAGAGUUUGUGGCCCAGCCGAACUGCCAGCAGCUGCUAGCCACGCUGUGGUACGACGGCUUCCCGGGCUGGAGGAGACGACACUGGGCGGUCAAACUGGUCACCUGCUUCAUCAUCGGGCUCCUGUUUCCUUUCUUCUCACUGAUCUACCUGUUGGCCCCUAAGAGCGCUCUGGGAAGCUUCAUCAAGAAGCCUUUCAUCAAGUUUAUCUGUCACACAGCGUCCUACCUGACCUUCCUGUUCCUCCUGCUGCUGGCCUCGCAGCACAUCGCCCGCACCAACCUGCACAUGCAGGGACCCCCACCAACCAUCGUUGAGUGGAUGAUUCUCCCAUGGGUGCUGGGCUUCAUCUGGGCCGAGAUUAAGGAGAUGUGGGACGGGGGAUUCACAGAGUACAUCCACGACUGGUGGAACCUGAUGGACUUCGCCAUGAACUCACUAUACCUGGCCACCAUAUCGCUGAAGAUAGUGGCCUACGUUAAGUAUAACUCCUCUCGUCCCAGGGAGGAGUGGGAGAUGUGGCACCCCACGCUGAUAGCUGAGGCUCUGUUCGCCAUCGCAAACAUCUUCAGCUCCCUCAGACUCAUCUCCCUCUUCACCGCCAACUCCCACCUCGGGCCCUUGCAGAUCUCACUGGGGAGGAUGCUGCUGGACAUCCUCAAGUUUCUCUUCAUUUACUGUCUAGUCCUGCUGGCUUUUGCUAAUGGCCUAAACCAGCUGUAUUUCUACUAUGAGACCAAGGCCUCAGAGGAACUCAACAACUGCAAGGGCAUCCGAUGUGAGAGGCAGAACAACGCCUUCUCAACGUUAUUUGAGACUCUUCAGUCUCUGUUCUGGUCGAUAUUCGGGCUGCUGAACCUGUACGUCACCAACGUGAAAGCCCGGCACGAGUUCACAGAGUUCAUUGGGGCGACCAUGUUUGGGACGUACAAUGUCAUCUCGCUGGUGGUUCUGCUCAACAUGCUCAUCGCCAUGAUGAACAACUCCUACCAACUCAUCGCUGACCACGCCGACAUCGAGUGGAAGUUUGCCCGCACCAAGCUGUGGAUGAGUUACUUUGACGAGGGCGGCACGCUGCCGCCUCCGUUCAACAUCAUCCCCAGCCCCAAGUCCAUCUGGUACCUGCUCAUGUGGCUCCACAACAAGCUGUGUAGGAGAGGCCAGCCGCAUGGGGAGGAAACGCACAAAUGUGAAAACCUCAGAGAGUUCACGGAACGCCACGCUGACAGUCUGAUACAGAAUCAGCAUUACCAGGAAGUGAUCCGGAGCCUGGUGAAGAGGUACGUGGCGGCCAUGAUACGCAGCGCCAAGACGGACGAGGGACUGACGGAGGAGAACUUUAAGGAGUUGAAGCAAGACAUCUCCAGUUUCCGCUACGAGGUCCUCGAUCUUCUUGGGAACCGGCGUCCUCCCCGGCGACAUUACUCCUCCUCCAGCGAGACAGCAAGAGACGAUGGCGCCAUGGCCUCAGAGGACGACAGCGAAUCGGGUGACGGCGGUGGAGGGAGUGGCCAGAGGUCAAAGGGCGUGACCUUCAUGACCCCGCUGGAAGACGACGUGAAGCCGACACCCACGCACGGCGUGUCUGCCUUGGUGCGCUCCAUUUCUGGAAUGACCCAGAUAGAAGGAGGGGGAGAAGGUGAGGAGGGGGAGCUGGAGGAGGGCAUUGGAUGGGGGGAAGAGGAGGAAGAAGAGGAGGGGAAACCAAAGAGCAACGGGCUGAAGACAACCGUCAUCCCUCCAUCCUCCACCACCGUCCUCCCCUCCCCGUCAUUCUCCUCGUCGUUCUCCUCAUCGUUCGCUCGUACGAGGACCCGCCUGCAGCGCAUCUCAACUCCGAGCGCAAAGACAGACUCUUUCAAGCGCCUCUCCUACCUGUUCUCACGCUCCAAGCGCAAAGCACCACCCAUGCCUCUCCCCCUCCAGUCCCCACCUUCCUACACCAUUUCAGACGGGUUGCUCCGCCCCCUGGGGGGCCACAGCCACUCCGACUUUGGUCUCAGUAACGUAACCAGAAGCGAGACUCACCUGAACGAGGUGGGCCUCUCAGUCGACAUCAAUAACCCCUCGUUUUCCCCGCGGAGAACGAACGGGCGGGACUCGCUCUUGACGCUGCCCCUCCCGCCCCCGUGCCCCUGCCAAUCCCUGCACUGUGCUUCCAACAUGUCCGAGUCCAGCUCGCGCCUCCUGGACUCCAGCGAGGACGUUUUCCAGGGCGGAGGCGUGGGAGGAGCGGGCGAGGGCGGCAUGGAUGGAGGCGGGGGAAGAGGAGGGGUUAUGAUGAUGGGCGGGUGGGUGGGACCGUGCGACGAUGUCAUAGAGGACAGCUGUGAGGUCAUAGAGGACUCUGUCACCACACAGCUAUAGGAGAGACGGACAACCAAACUGUGUUUCUUUGUUUGUUUGCAAAUGGCUGCAUUCAGAGGGAGAGAGACAGAGAGAAAGGCGGAGGGAGGAGGGGGGACGAGAACCCAACGGAACCUGUUCUGGAACUCAAGGUGGAUGGAUUCGGGAAUUCAACAGUGGAAUUCUAGAGAACAAGAACGGAGCGGUUGAGUGACGGUCCAGAAAUGGCAGAUGUUCACGAAGACAGCCUGACAUUUGGUUAUCUGCCCGUUUUUAUUCCCGUCAAAUACUUAGGCUUUGUCACAUCCUUCAGCGUCUGAGCAGUUUGAAAGUCAGUCAGAUUUUGGCCUUUCUUUUAACCGAGAUCAUGUCAAGUUCAUGACAUCCCAAAAUAGCAUGGAUUUAUUUGACUGGAAAAACUCCACGGUCAGCAGCCCAGUGCUAAUACCCGUUACUGUCUCUUUCCAUGAGCCUUUCCCGCUCGAGACUUUACAUGACAAGAACAUCACACACAUAGAAAAAUGCUUUUCUAGUCUCUGGGGAUAGUUUACACUAAUGAAACCCUCAAACCUUUAUUUAACCAGGAGAAAGCCCAUUUAGAUAUAAUCUCUUUUUCAAGGGAGAUCUGGCUAAGAAGGGCAGCUAAACCGCAUUUGAGCUGCUGAUGUAGUUUUUUGUUGACAUAUUGCUGUGGACACCUGGGACAAGUUGGCAGCAAUUCUGACUUGCUCUGCUGUUGUCCAUGCAGCUCUCUCAGCACAUCAUAUUCACGGUCAGGUCCAGGUUACUUGUCAUGGCUUUCACAAACAACUGUCUUCAAAAACAUCUGCCAUUUUCAUGCCUCAGGAGAAGAGUUAAGAGGAGAGUACACAUUUUUCUUCUUUCCUCUGGGAGAAUCAAACAGGCAUGACUAUUAUGGAAUUACAAGUAGCCAAAGUGACUUUUUCGGACAGGAAAUAUCAUUAAAAGUCCCUGUUUGGUUUUCAACACAUGACGCUGUCUUUCCCUUUAACCAAGCUUCAAAUGUGUAACGGAUUAAAAAUGGAAUUAAAUCCUGCAUUUGAAUGGAGCUACCGUGAAACUCAGCCAAAUGAAAUGUGACUAACUUACAAUUGCAAAACAUCUGAUUGGACCGAUGGAAUAACCUCCCCUUUAACUCUGGAUUUUGAUGGAUUUAACGCCGACCGAAUCACUGGGAUGAAAGCAAACGGCAUGGAACCGUUGCUCUGCUGUGGAUAGCCAGCACCCUCUCUCUCUGCAUCAACAAGGGCCAAGGAACUUUAUUUUAUCCUAAUAACAGUUAUACUAGUAAUAAUUAUAACGAUAAUAAUAAUAAGAGACUUCUAAUAAUAGUAAUGAGGACCAUUCUGGUUCCUAAAGACAGUCUUUGCUUCUAUUUGAGUUGCCUAUGAUAUCCUGGCUUCUCGUUCAGCUCUUCCUUAAUACGUACACUUUAACCUGAUGAAUUAAAAAUAUAUGGUGAUAUUUAUUGUGAGGACGAGGGAUGAUGGGUGUGUGAAUGGGUGGAAAGGAGGAAGAGAAGGAGAGAGGCAGGGACAAACGCAGAACGUUUUCCGGAUAAAAAAGGAAGGAGAUGACGGGAGAAAUAGAGGAGAUAGGAAGCAACAGAGGAGGCGAGGAGGAAGAAAUAACAUGGGUGGAGAAAGUGGAGACGAGAUUGCCUCUC